AUGUUACAUAAAUAUGUGUAUCGUCUCCUCCACCAACUGGGAACGACGCAAUCUCGUCUCCUCCACCAACUCGGGACGACACAAUCUCGUCUCCUCCACCAACUCAGGACGACACAAUCUCGUCUCCUCCACCAACUCAGGAUGACGCAAUCUCGUCUACUCCACCAACUAAGGGACAACGCAAUUUCAUCUCCUCCACCAACUCGGGACGACGCAAUCUCGUCUCCUCCACCAACUCGGGAUGACGCAAUCUCGUCUCCUCCACCAACUCGGGACAACGCAAUUUCAUCUCCUCCACCAACUCGGGACGACGCAAUCUCUUCUCCACCACCAACUUGGGACGACACAAUAUCUUCUCCACCAACCCAGGACGACGCAAUCCUGUCUCCUCCACCAACUGGGUACGACGCAAUUUCAUCUCCUCCACCAACUCAGGACGACGCAAUCCUGUUUCCUCCACCAACUGGGUACGACGCAAUUUCAUCUCCUCCACCAACUCAGGACGACGCAAUCUGGUUUCCUCCACCAACUGGGGAUGACGCAAUCUCAUCUCCUCCACCAACUCGGGACGACGCAAUCUCGUCUCCUCCACCAACUCAGGACGAUGCAAUCUCGUCUCCUCCACCAACUCGGGACGACACAAUCUCUUCUCCUCCACCAACUCGGGAAGACGCAAUCCUGUCUCCUCCACCAACUGGGGACGACAAAAUUUCAUCUCCUCCACCAACUCGGGACGACACAAUCUCAUCUCCUCCACCAACAGGGGACGACGCAAUCUCGUCUCCCCCACCAACUCGGGAUGAUGCAAUCCUGUCUCCUCCACCAACUGGGGACGAUGCAAUUUCACCUCCUCCACCAACUCAGGACGACGCAAUCUCGUCUCCUCCACCAACUCAGGACGACGCAAUCUCGUCUCCUCCACCAACUGGGGACGACGCAAUCUUGUCUCCUCCACCAACUCGGGACGGCGCAAUCUCGUCUUCUCCACCAACUGGGGAUGACACAAUCUCUUCUCCUCCACCAACUCGGGACGACGCAAUCCUGUUUCCUCCACCAACUGGGAACGACGAAAUUUCAUCUCCUCCACCAACUCGGGACGACAUAAUUUUAUCUCCUCCUCAAACUCGGGCUAGGGAAAACACAAUCCCUUCUCCACCAACUGGGGACGACGCGAUCUUGUCUCCUCCACCAACUCGGGAAGACAGAAUCUCGUCCCCUCCACCAUCUCAGGAAGACACAAUCUCAUCUCCUCCACCAACUAGGGACAACAUAAUCUCUUCUUCUCCACCAACUCGGGAAGACGCGAUCUCGUCUCCUCCACCAAUUCGGGAAGACAGAAUAUCUUCUCCUCCACCUACACCUCCUCGGGAUGACGAAAUCUGCAUCUGGGACAAGAUCGUAGUGAUACGGAAAAAGAUCAGCCCAGCAAGGUGA